AUGAGUACGCUUCUUCAGAAGCUCUCAUCUAAUUCGAAAGAAGAUGUCAUUGAAACAAUCGGUAUAUUACGCAAAAGAUUCGUUGAUAUGUGUUUUCAUCCUCCGGAUGAACUUAACGCCGAUUUUCAAGAAAUAUUCGAAUUUAUUAACCGAACAAAUACGAAUGGUAACAAAACAAGUGAAAUGGCUCGUCUUCUAGUUGCUCUCCAUGCUUUAUUUUUAUUCCCAAAGCCAGAGCAAUUCGGUGAUUUACCAUUUGAUUUCGAAGAUCGAUUUCUUCUUGCUGUUCUUAUUCUCAUGCAUAACAUGAAAGGAGAUAUGUCACAACAUGGCGACAUCUGCAUAGAUUAUGUCUACCAAACUCUCGAUGCAAUUGGAUCUUCUACGAAUAAGAAUUUUUACUCAAUGGAAAUCCCAUUCUUUACAAGAUAUUUUGCAAAAUCAAUGAAACAACUCGAAUCUCCUGAAAAAGUUAUCGAAUUAGUCACGAAAUUCAGUGAAACAAUUGGCAAAGUCAAGCCAGAAUACAUUGGUAUGGAUGAUUUAUUGUUCAUCCCACAAAUACUUGUUGCUGAUCAAUUCCUUAAGGUUAUUAAGACCCAGCAACUUGCUGACCAGUUUAUUAACGCAGUUGAUACUCUUUUUACUUCAUGUGCAAACCAUCCAUCGGCUUUAAUAUUAAUUUUAUUCCAGUCAUGGUUCCACCUUACGAAAUCAUCCUACGAUGAUAAAAGCAAAAAUGAUCAAGUUGUUUUUAAUUUUUUCAAUCAGGUUGACACGAUCACUAAAUAUGCAGCAAGAUUACCGCUAUCAAAACACCACGAAUUACACCACCAAUUCCAGUGGUUCCUUCUCUUUUAUUUCUAUUAUUUCGUUAACGAUAACACUGCAAGAACAAGACUUCUCAUUUUCAUCUGCCAGGGACUCAAAACUGUUGAACAAAUCGAAAACCACCGUAGAGUUUGCCAAACAGUUGAAAAAUUCAACGAAAGAAUUUUAACUCAAUACGAUAACAACAUAAAAUGGCCACUAUUCUUCUUUAUAUCAAAUCUACAGUCGAAUUUUACGCUCUACUUCCAAACAGUUAAAACAAUUUACGGAAUUUACUUAUCUCCUAAUAUUACAGAAGAUAAAGAAGGAACUUUUAGGAAAAUACGUUACGGAUUUUCAAUGCAAACUUAUAUGCAGACAACUGAUGUAUUUGUUGAUAAAACAUUAUAUACUUUAAUAAAAGAACGCCAAACAUCAUCACUUGAGACAGCCAUGUUAUGGUUCAAUGAAGAAAUUGACAUCCUAACAAAAAUGACUGAAAAAACAACAAGUUUUCUUGCAUUUCACUCCAAUUUCUCUAAAAAUAUUGCAGAAAGGAUUCCGAAUUCCAAAGAAUACCAAUCAGAACUAUUUUACUUCAUCAAAUCCGCUCAAAUCUGGACAAAAUUUGUCGUAAAUAUUUCUCAAAAAUUAACAGAGCUGAAAUCAUUCGAAUUCAACCAUGUUCUCUUCAAGAAGAAUAAUCUGGGACUCAUGAUAACUGAGUCUCGCUUGAAAGGAUUGAUCAAAGCCAUUGAUAAUAUUCAUGCUUCGUUUAUUAACGUUUUAUUGCAUACUCCACGUGAUUUUAUUAACGACGUAUGCACAGAAAUGGCGAAAAUCCUUAUCCAUUACAUCGAAAACGAUAAAAUUUCCUUAUUAUUCUUCGAUGUUUUCCAGCAGAUCAGCCAAAGCGAUGUUUUCCUCAAAGCAAUCGUCAAAUACCUCUAUUCCUAUGUUUCUGAGAACAUCAAGUUCAUGUUAUCUGAAGAUCGUUUAGAUGCAUGUGCAAUUCCAAAGGUUUUAGCCUUCGUUAUCAGGUUCUGCCGCAGGAAGGAUGGAGAGUACCAUCCACAACUCUUAAGACAGCUCAAAUCUUUCCAAAGAUUCAUUCUAACUUCAAUUUAUACAACAAUCAGAAGGGCAACUAACCUUUACGACGUUUUCAACACAGUCAAGACAGAUGCCUCGUUGUAUAGUUACCUGAUUGAGAAGGCAGAAGGCCAAAAACCAUCAGAUUCCUUAUUUGGUCGGUUGAAACAAUCGAUUUUCUUCGAAUUGGUCGAAUCCAACAAGUUCUCCGCCCUGCCAGUAUUCUUAGAAGUACUCAGUCUUGACUUAGAGAAGUCCCAAUUAAUGCAAAAUCUCGAAAUCUUCAGAGUCGCUUUCAAUUCGACAGAUUCUGAGAUAAUUUCGAAAGCAGCAAUUAUUUUCUCAGAUAUCUUCACUAUCAACUACUCCCAAGGCAAAGUUGAUGUAAACGAUGAAUUAUUUAUUGAAACAGCCAGCGCAUUAGUCAAUGAUUUACAUCUCCUUUCGAAGCAAAGUGCACGUAGCGUUGAGCGAAUCCUUCCUUUGAUUCCUCAUAUCUACACUAAUCCGAAAGAGCAGUUUACAGAGAUCUGCGGCAUCAAAUACGGUGAUGUAGAUAUGCUUGUAUGCACCAAGGCCAUUAUUUCCAACUACACGGACUCAGAACAGAACGCAUUCUUUGCAUUUCAGUAUGUAACACGUUGCAUUGACAUUCUGAAGUACAGAACAGGCGAUUUCAAUCACCAGAGCGAACUGAUCCAAGAUCUCUUAGGUUUACUUAUGAAAUGCAUCGUUUAUUCGCGAUUUCUGACAGAUCUUGAACGAUAUUACAAGAAUUUAGUACAUAUUGUUGGAAAUCUUAUGAUUAAAAGUGUCUCCAACGUGUUCUUCCUUGAAAUCUGUUCACUUGCCGCAUCAAACAGGUCUCAAAUCUCAUCAAUCAUGUACAAAAUUGCAGAUUCCAUUUUAAGUUAUGUUUCUUCAUCGGAGUAUUCGAUUGAUUUCAUGUCCAAGACUCUUAAUGAUGUCUUUGCCAAACCGAACACGAAUAGAUUACAUCUUUUGACAUUGAUAUUGACAUUGUACAUGAAAUAUUUCAAAAAUUUGGUAACGAUGGAUUACAUUAAAUUGUUCAUUUACGAGUCCAAUGUAUUCACUAACAUAGACAGUGAGUUCUUCUCUGUCAUCAACCAGUUCUUUAAGUCAUAUCUCGAGAUGCAGUCCCUUGAAAACAAAAACAGAUUCAUUGAUUUAGUUAAUGACACUUUUUCACAACGACCAGUUUGUUUUCCACAUAUUUUAUGCAAGAGAAUCAGGAAAAUGGGCAUUCCUAGGCCAGAUCUCUUCAUUCCUAUCAAUACUUUCAAUAACAAUGAUGAUGUUUGCCAGUCACAACAAGUCUGUUUCCAAAUGGCAAUUGGAGUUCCUCUGAAUUUCGAUGAUUCUGUUCUUUUGGCAGAAAAAGUCAAAAAUUUGGUCAGUUCACUUCAACCACAAGAAAAGCUUCUUAGAAGGAACACAUUAAUAACAGAACUCGUGCACAGGAAUGAGUUCUAUUCACUAGUUAAUCCAAACAAUAACCAGCCAACACAAAGGAACCAAACUUUGCCACAAAGUGUCAUUUUCUUCCUUUGCAACACGAUGACAAGCAGAAUUACUUAUUUAAGCAAUUCCGCAAUCCGCAAAUUCAAGAGUUUCGCCGCCAACAGGGAGAAAAGCCAGAUCUGCGCCUCAACAAUCGAUGAAUACUGUAAUAAUCCAUCGAGAUUAAUUGGCUCUAUUUAUUCAAACGAGUCAACAAAUCCAAGAUCAACACCAGAAGAAAUGACAAAAGUACAAGGAAAGUACAUCGCAAACUGCUGUUUCUACAGGAGAUUGAUGAAAUUACACCCUGAUAAAAUACCUCACAGUGUUAUACACACAUUGAUGAAGAAUUACUUCGAUUUCGAACAGUUUUCUGAAUUGGAAAGAUUGAAUAAUUUGACAAAUUUCGUACAAGUUGUCAAAACAUUGACUGUAAGAGAUUUUAUACAGUUGAAACCAGUCCAAGACAUCAUAUUAGAUUCAUCAAACAAGGCACAAUACUUAGAGAGAUUCAUUGUUGUUACAAUGAACUUAUUAGCAUCAAAACAAGUUCCUUACAGAGCGAUAAUUCUCAAGUACAUUUGGAAAUUCCUUUCUUGUUUCCCAAGACAAACAAUACAAAUCUUUUUCACUGUGAAUUUAGGAAAUCUAAACACAGUUUUCUCUAUUUUAACUGAUUGCAUCGCUUUGGAUAAAUCAAAUAAGUUGUUUAACGCAUUGAUUGAAUAUUUGAAGAAUUACAAGAAAUAUUCAACAUUACAUCCAAGCGUUUGCACAAUGAUUUACCAGUUAUCUCUUUAUCAGAGAUUCGCAUGGACUGCUGAAUAUCCUACAUUGAUCAGAUCGAUGUUUUCAAAGAUGCUUUCGGAAUUCACGAACCAAGAAGGAAAAUACGAGAAUUCUUACGCAAAUUUGGAACAAAUCGCGAAUUCUUAUAUCAAAAUAAUUAAAGAAAAUGCGACAUUUGAAUCUAUAAUUGAUUUCGCGAAACUGUUCCAGAACGCGAUGUUCUAUCACACGAGAACUUAUUAUGAAUUCAUUAGAAUUGCUUUUGAAGGAUUACCAGCUGAUUUUUGGGCAACUUUCUUAGGCGAAAUCGUGAAAUCAAAGAUAAGUUUAUCGAAUACGCAGUACUACAUUUUAGUAUCACAUGCAAUUCUUCAUUGCGGCAAAUGUGAUCCUGAUUUCAUUCAAUCCAUUUGGAGAAUGAUCUUCAAUAAAACAGAAAAAGACACAUUAUGUACUCAUCUUCGCUGUUUCUUGAGUUUGUUGAAGAGAGGACCUCCAAGAACAUCAAACUUAAGUCGUUUAGUUAUAUUAGUAAUUCAAGGAAUGAAAUCCGGAGAUCCACAAACAGAAUUGUACGCAUUGAAAAUUUGUUUGAAGUUGAAUUCUUACGGAAUGCUACCUGAUGUUGUUUUUUACAAUGUCGGAGCACAGUUGUUGUCUUACUCGAAGUAUUUCGAUGAUCCUUACAAGAACCUCUAUUACCAGUUCUUCAACAUGAAGACUGAAUUGUACCAGAAUCCUCCAAACGAAUUCAUUCAAGCUUUGGUAUAUUUCACACACGAUAAAUGCUCAACAAUAAGAGAUACACUCAUAUUGAUUGAAGUAUUCCAGAAUAUACCAACACUCCUCAAUCUCUUGCCUUUCUCUGUUAUUGCAAGUUUGGUUCUUUUCAUUAAAAAGAACUUGGAAAAAAUCAAACAAUUCAGAGAAUCAGAAUUGAAUGAAUUUGACGGUUUAUUCACAAAAUGUUUAGAAUUUGUGAAGAGAGCGAAACCAAGUGAACGCGAGAUUACUUUGUUUGUUAACAUUGGCUGUGACUUUGCCAUGAAAGUAUUAGAGCCAUUGUUAGGAACAACAUCACCUUUAUUCGCUCCUUCCGAGUUUAUCCAUGGUUUAUGCGAAUACAUCGUUGAAGAAAGACCAGAUUUGUAUCCAAAGAGGGUUUUCGAUGCAAUUUCUGCUUAUUCAUUCACACCAAACUCUUUGUUCAUGGUUGCCGCUGCUUGCAAACUCGAAAUCGAUGGAAUCAAAGAUGAAUUCAUCCAAAAAUCUCUUUUGUUGUUAUGCGAACCAAAAGUACACACAGAUUUAAUCUUUUACGACUACAUUUUAGAUUAUAUUGUCAGACAUCAAACAGACAAUAUCUUGAGGUAUUUGGAUGAUGCUUUCAAAUGGGUUUGCAAGAACUUCAACAUAAACAUAAGAGAUAGAGUUGCAAGAGUUUGCAGAACUGUUGUAAGAGUUACUCCUUCAUUCCAGAGAUUGGAUAAACUGAAAUACAUCUGGGACACAAUUGUAGAGACAAUUCUCAGAUUAAAUCAGUUCAAAUGCAUCUGCCACAAACUUUGGAUUUCAUUUUAUAUCAUGUUUAUUGAGGAAGUUCCUCAAACUGACAUGAUGGAAUACAUCGACUUUAUCUUCGACAGAAUCAAAGAUAUACAAGUAACAUCCAAUUACUUAGUUACUAUAUCUUAUUCUGUUGCAAGGAUGAAGAACAUUCCUGUCGAAAUUAAACUUCAUUUCCUCAAACAAUUGGUUUGGAAGAUCGAUUUCGAACCAAGAGAUGCUGUUCCUGAUUUAAUAAAUGAAGUUUUGAAGGUCGCAGAAGAGAAUCCACAGUUCCUUCCAAUCUGUGUUGAGAUCUUAGUCAUUUUAGCAAGUAUAAACACUCCUAAAAUGAGGAUCUCAAAUGUCAUGGACAUUUUGGCUUUGUUACCAAAUGAUCCUAAAGACAGAUUGCAGUUUUUGAUUGAAAAAAUCGAUCCAAGAAUCUGGAAUGACAUGUAUUUACCUGUUUUGGCUUUGUUGAGCUGUGAAGAAUCACCGGAAAGUGUUACUUUGUUAGGUUUCGGACCAAUGCUCUCUAAAAUUGGUUCUCAUCUUCUUUACGGAGUUCUCUGCAGAUUCAUCGAUUCCGGAAGAAGUCAAACAGUUAUUUCCACUUUUGCUGAACGAAUAAAGAACGUCAAAUCCAAGAGAAUGCAUCACGAAGUUCUUGUUGCUUUGACAUCUUCUAUUAUCAGCAGAAUACUUCCUAUUCAUCCAGUAACUCUCCUCAAAUUAGCUCAUGAUUGUGGUCUUCACACAGCUGUUGAAACUGUCAACAAAGACACAUCGAUUCCUCCGAGAAAAUUCCAGAAAUUUUUGCCUUACGACUGUUUGUAUUCAUAUUCCCACAAACACAUUGCUGUACACGAUGCUGCAGCUGCAGCUCUUGCAAUGCUUGGUAAAUAUUCCACAGCAAUCAAUGUAAUUUCCGAGCCAUUGUCAACUGAAUCGAAAUUUGUUUCUUUGAUGAGAGAAAUUUCAUCACACAUGAUACAAGAUGAGAAAACAUUGAUGACUUCUAUUAGAUUGGGCUUUGAAAGUGAUGAACUCGAUUCAUGCGCUUAUAAUCUCCUUCUUCCAAUAAGAGAUUUCGAUCCAGAAAGGAGAGCGAAUGAUUACAAUCGAUUAGUGAAUUUGUCAACUGUUUUAUUGAGAAACAAAAAAGAACCAACGAUGUUCAUCAAAGAAAGGACAAUUAUUGCAUUGUCCGCUGCCAAAUACAAUGAUGAAAUGUCUAGAGGACACAUCUUCGACUUGUUCUCUCCAAACUUAGUCAAAUCCAUCGAUCCGGCCUUCAUAAAUUGCUUCAGACAAAUCACGAACACUCAGCAAUUUAAUCAAGCAGAAAUUGAUGGAAAUGAACCUCUGUUUUUGAUCUCUCCGAAAUCGAAGCUCUUCAGAUCAAUUGCUGGCUAUCAUAAGAGCGGAUUGGUUGCUGUAUCCAAACAGUCUAUGGAAGAGUUCUCAAGAACAAUCACUUCCCAAGUUCAAUACGCACAUUUGGAUGCUGAAGAAUGGGCGAAAUCAUCAACUUUGUUCUACAAUUUGUGCGCAAUGAACUUUUCUCAUGAACUCCUUCAGUCAGCGAUUGGAGGUUACAGCCAUGUCUUAGCUUUCAACCAGCUCAUCAGUCCUGAAAGAAGAUUCGAGGCUUUGGCAAGAUUGCUCAUUUUAAUUCGUGAAUCAAAAGUUCAGAAUUAUAUGGAAAAUUUGUCACUUUUUGUCAAAGAAAAUUCGUCACUUUUUGAAGGUUUAAUGGCAUCAUUAGUUAAGUUAUGCGAUGAUGACUAUUUCUAUCAACGCGCAUACAGAAUUAUCGAAGACAACUUGAGCGCAAUUGUUGGAUUAGCGAUGACAUUAAACUUGAAUUCUCUUUUGGCAAAAUUACAAGAAACAAAACAAGGAAAAACCUUGAUUUCUUCACAUCAACAGAUGAACUCCAUAUUGACAGAACUGUUCACUGUAGACAUCAGAUCAAGAGACAGACAAAGAAGAUGUCUUCAAUUGUUACUUUUGUUGAGAUCUAUGACAAGUGAAGAAGUUCAAUCCGCUUGUAAUGUUACAGAAAGAUCUUCCAACCAAGACAACAUCGCCAAAGUGAUUGCGGACAGUGGAAUAAGUUUAAAGACAACAGAUUCACUCCUCGAACUCAAAGCGAAAGUUGAAAAAUCAGACGCUUUGUUACUCGCGAAAGAAAUAUUAAAAGCAGAUGAAACAAUUCCGGAAAUCGAUGCAAAAGUAUAUCAUUUGAUACAAUCAGCCAACCAUGUCAUAACUUCUGUUGACGAACUCGCACAAGACGUUAUAAUGCUUACAACAGAAGUUCUUUGGCUUGGCGACAAAGUUUUAUCAGUUAAAUGUUUGACGAAAGAAGGAAACUACAAAUAUUUGCUGAUAAACAAAUUGGACGUCUUUCCUAAAUACGCUGCUGUUGUUGCCUCGCAAUCGCAGAACGUGUUGACAAGUGUUGCUUCCAGUAAUUACCAGAUGUUCUCGAGACAAUUCCCUCCUUCUGUAGCGAACAAAACUGUUUUUACUGGACAAUUCGCGAUAACAUUACUCAAUGAAAGAGUUACUUCUCUUCGUUCUGUCUAUGACACGACAUUCAACUGCGAACCAUCAACAAUGCCAUUGCAACAUGAUGGCUGUUCUUUGUUAAGACACGUCAUUAGUUCUGCAACUCCUGUUGGAUAUUUACAUCAUAGACAAAGUUAUGUUUCUGCACAAGGAUUUUACGGUGCUAGAUCUUUGUUGUUGAGAACUUCUUAUCCAGGAUUGGAAGAAUUAGUUAUUUGUCCUGCUUCUGGAGCAAUUGUUCCUCAUAUCUCUGCUUUAGAACAGUCUUCUUCAUUCAGAUUGUCACCAAAUAUUGUGAGAUUGUGUGGCUACAAUCCGCCUGGAGUUUUGGCUUUGUCUUUCGCAGCAGCUGCAGGGGCUUUCGUGCAGUCUUACGAAACUGUCUGCGCAUUGGCAGAGAUAAUGUCUGAGAAAGGAACACUAGAAGAAGUUGUUGCAGACAGAGAAUACCAAAUCGAACCAAUUUUGAAUGUUUCUCCAGUGGAAGGAAGUGCAAUUGGAAGAGAAGAAGCAAUACAAUGGCACAAAGACGUACAGAAGGUGAUUGAAGAAGCUAUGACAGAAAAAGGUCAACCAAUUACUGCUAUUCCAUGGUUCUAA